AUGCAGUUGUGUCCGCAGUACUGGCCAGAGAAUGGAGUUCACAGACAUGGCCCCAUCCAAGUGGAAUUUGUUUCUGCUGACUUAGAAGAAGACAUCAUCAGCAGGAUAUUCCGUAUUUAUAAUGCAGCCAGACCCCAAGAUGGAUAUCGGAUGGUGCAGCAAUUCCAGUUCCUGGGCUGGCCCAUGUACAGGGACACGCCAGUGUCCAAGCGCUCCUUCUUGAAGCUCAUUCGCCAAGUGGAUAAGUGGCAGGAAGAAUACAACGGUGGUGAAGGCCGCACAGUUGUGCACUGCUUGAAUGGGGGAGGCCGUAGUGGGACAUUCUGUGCCAUCAGCAUCGUCUGUGAGAUGCUCCGGCACCAGAGGACGGUGGACGUCUUCCACGCGGUGAAGACGCUGAGGAACAGCAAGCCCAACAUGGUGGACCUCCUGGAUCAGUACAAGUUCUGCUACGAGGUGGCUCUGGAAUACUUGAAUUCUGGCUGAUGGCAUAAACAGCUCUGCACACCAACCCUUUCAUCCCACAAAGCCAAGACGUUCCAUGGUAUUUGUGUUGAUGAGAUGAAGACUUCUCAAUAUGCUUAUUUUGCUUUGCAUAAUUGGCUCUUUUUAAGAGCCCAAGAAAGUGUUUCUAAAACUGCUUUGCACUGCCCAAUUCCCAGCAAUGCUGCUGCCUGACGGAAAACCACACACAGCAGAGUCAUCAAAUACUGUCCUAGGCAUCGGCUUAUUAGAGCAGUGUAGACAUCUGGUAAACUGAAGAGCACAAUUAUAUUCUUAUGAAGGAGUUUGUACCUUUGGAGUAUUAUUUUGUGGCCCGUGAACCUUUGUUAUUGUUACGGCCGAGUGUACAUUUUUGUUUUGUGGAGAAUGUUACCUGGCAUUAUGAUAAUAUAUUAUUUUAGUUAAUAUUUGUAUUUUAACAUGUUGCAUAGUAUAAGCUUAUGUACCUUUCCAAGACUAACCGAUAAACGUAUAAUGAACAAAGAUAUGUUGUAUGAUUUGUUUCUAUCAGAUUUGUAUUGUUUCCAAGGGAAAAGCUUGGAAGAAGUCAGUUCAAAAAUGCAAAGCUCAACGAUCAGAUUCACAGAUCCAAAGCUCUUCCCUUUGUUUAUAUUGUAAAUAUUUUUGAUUUCAUCAAAUUAUUUAUUCAUUAAAAGAAAUUUUUGUGAAGCACAGUGAAUGACAAUCAUUUUUAUGAAGCACAGGAAAUGACUGAUUGUAUGAUGUGACCUUGUGUGAAUUCUUUCUCAAUAAAUAAAGACCCGUGACCAGU